UUUGCCAUGUGGAAAACACAGACAUUGCGCUUUUAUGCAUGCCACCAAGAAAUUAGAUGAUGUUGACAUGGACAACCCAUUUCAAUAUCAGCUCUAGCUGCCGUGUAUGGUGUAUAAUAAUAUAAAUCAGAGGCUUCCAAGCCAUUUUCCUUCACCAAGGAAGCGUGGCUGGAAAGUUUAGCAGCCAAAUUAAAAGAUUCUCCUAUUGACUUCUGGCAUAGAGUAACAAGCUGGAAAAGGCGUGGUCAUUUUCAAUGGAUAUUGAGAAAUCCAGAGAGAUUAGUUGAUAAACAACGCUUGGCAAGCAGGCAUCUAGCUCCUCACUUGAACAAAUUUGUUUUGCUCAAAAGCCUGAAUCCGUUUUAUUGUUUUGCUAUGUGGAAGACAGAUGAUGUGGACAACCAUUUGAACCCAUUUACCAGCUCCAGCCGCCGUGUAUAACAAACAAUAAAUCAGAGGCUUCCAAGUAAUUUUCCUUCCCUAAAGAAGCGUGGCUGGAAAGUAAUAACAACCAAACUAAAAGAUUCUCCUCUUGACCUCUCGCAUAGAGCAACAACCAGGAAAAAAGUGUGGACAUUUCCCAUGAUUAUUGAGAAGCCCAGGGAGAUUAAUUGAUAGAGAAUGCAUGUUCCUAUAUAAUUCGAAUGUCUUGAGAAAAUAAGAGGUCACCAGAAUGGCUGAAGGGGCAGUCACCUUCUUCUUAGAGAACUUGAGUUCUCUACUAACACGAGAGGCAAAUCUUCUUCUUGGGGUGGAUGAGCAAAUCCGAUCACUCCAUGACGAGCUAGAAUGGAUCCGUUCCUUCCUCAGAGAUGCUGAUCAGAAGAGGAAGAAAUACGAAAGAGUGAAGGUUUGGGUAAGCCAAAUAAGGGAUUUGGCUUACGAUGCUGAGGACAUCAUAGAUGCCUUUGUCCUCAAAGUGGAGCAGCAACGACAAAAGAAUUUGGGGCUUAUUGGCUUCAUUAGAAGGUACCUUCUCUGUGCAAAUCAGCUUACUGCCAUUCACAAGGUCGGGAAGCAAAUCGAGGAAAUCAACAGAAGGGUUGAGAAGGUCUCAGCUAGCAAAGCCAAGUAUGGCUUGGAAUACAUUCAACCAGGAGAGUCUUCAGGUUCCUUGAAUGAAGAUCUUUUACUGUGGAAAGAGAAGCGGCCGGCCCUUGUAGAGGACUUUGACAUGGUGGUGGGACUCAAAGAUCAUAAAAAAACGGUUGUGAAGCUCUUGACAGAAGGAAAUGCUCGGCGUACUGUGGUCUCCGUUGUUGGGAUGGGUGGUCUUGGUAAGACAACUCUCGCUAAGAAAGCUUUUAACAGCAAAACCAUUAAAGAGCAUUUCAAUUGCCAUGCUUGGAUUUAUGUUUCUCAAGAAUACCGAAUGAGAGAGCUAUUGCAGGGUGUUAUAAAAUGUAUUAUGGUUCUCAGUAAAGAUGACAAGGAGAAUGUGGAGAAGAUGAAUGAAGAAGACUUGGGAACAAUGCUAUCUGAUCACUUGAAACAGAAGAGGUACUUGAUUGUAGUUGAUGAUCUAUGGACUAUAGAAGAUUGGGAGAAAUUGAAAGUUGCCUUACCUGAAGGGGAGAAAGGAAGCAAGAUAUUGCUUACCACCCGUAACAGAGAUGUAGCUUUGCAUGCCAACCCACCUGGCAGUCCCUAUGAAUUGCCUCUCUUGAACAAUGAAGAGAGUUGGCAACUGUUCCUGAAGAAGGUAUUCCUUGAAUUUGAUGAGCACACGAUUAACAUGCCACUUAGUUGCCCUCCAGAGCUAGAGAAACUGGGGAAGCAGAUAGUGGAGAAAUGCAGUGGCUUACCUCUUGCCAUCGUGGUGUUAGGCGGUCUUUUGUCACGGAAGGACAGGACACCCAGUGCAUGGUCGAAAGUGCUUGAGAGUGCAAACUGGCAUUUGACAGAAGAAUUGAAGCAGUGUUCUGAGAUAUUAGCCUUGAGUUAUCAUGAUUUGCCAUAUUACUUGAAGUCUUGCUUCCUGUAUUGUGGACUCUUUCCCCCGGACUUGGAGAUCCGUGCAAGCAAACUGAUUCAAUUGUGGAUUGCAGAGGGAUUCAUACAGCAGAGAGGGGAAGAGACACUAGAAGACAUUGCAGAAGACUACUUAGAGGAACUGGUACACAGAAGCAUGAUCCAAGUGGCGGAAAGGAGGUCAGAUGGAGGAAUUAGAGCAUGCUGCGUCCAUGACCUUCUCCGAAACUUUGCUAUUUCUGAAGCAAAGAGAGACAAAUUUUUUGACAUCGAUGGCAAGGCAUCACCAAGCAUUGUUCGUCGCCUUGCCAUACAUCGGAAAGCUGAUGAUUACAGUGCUCAAAACACUUCCACAAGGUCCCUACGGUCAUUCCUGUGCUUCACAGAAAGCCUUGAAAAGCAACAAUGGGGAAUCGUUUUCGGAGGUCUCAAAUUGCUAAAGGUGAUGGAUUUGGAGAAUGUAAUCAUUUCAAGAUUACCAAAGGAAGUAGGAGAACUGAUACAUCUGAGGUACUUGAGCUUAAGAUUGACUAACAUACCAACUCUUCCGUCAUCAAUAUGCAAUCUUUGUAAUCUACAAACGCUUGAUCUAAGAUACACUAGGAUCAUUCAUCUACCCAAUGCAAUUUGGAACAUGCGCCAACUGAGACAUCUAUACGUUGAUUAUGGAAAAAUUGGCAGACAUCCAAGGCCCCAACACCUCAAGGAACUUCGAUCUUUGUGGUUAGGUGGAGGGCACAAAAACAAAAUCCCUUCCUUGAUGUCUUUUCCACAUAAUUUUCAUCUUCAUAAGCUCUAUUUGAAUGGACUCAUUGAGGAACUACCCCACCCUCAAGAUUUUCCACCCAACCUUACCAAACUAUCCCUGAGAUACUCCAAAUUAGAUCAAGACUUGAUAACAACACUAGAAAAGCUACCCAACUUAAGGAUCCUGAAACUGUUAAAGGAAUCUUAUAUAGGAGCUAAAAUGGUAUGCAGUAGAAGAGGCUUUCCUCAACUCCAGUUCUUGGAACUUAGAUACUUGGAUAUACUAGAGGAGUGGAGGGUGGAAGAAGGAGCAAUGCUGAGUCUUAGACAUUUAGAAAUUGAUGGAUGCAUACAACUCAAGAUGCUGCCAGAUGGUCUGCAACACCUGACUGCCCUCCAAGAAUUGGAGGUACGAUAUAUGCCAAAUGAAUUCAAGGUCGGACUUGGAGCAGAUGGAGUGGAUUGGCACAAGAUCAGACACAUUCCCUCUCUCACCAUUGUUGGAUGAAUCAGGCCAUAGCCAUGCAAGGCUUUCCCUUCCAUAAGAAUGAAUAACACAAACGAUCCCUUUCAUUUUCGUUUUGUUUUUAUCUUCCCUCUGUAGAGACAGUGAGGGCUGAAUUGUAAUUUUUCUUUCUUGUUGUACCAUUCUUUUUCUAUUCUCUUCACCUUGUACAUAUUGUUUUAUAAGGACGGAAGUGCCAUUUUACAUUCUUUAA